AUGAUGAUGUUGAUGCUCUCAUGGAUUCAGUCCAUUGGCUUCUACUGGCCUGUUCUGAGGUCAGAGGUCAACCCUCUGCUCUACCAGCAGCAUCUAGUGCAGAGAAACCUCCAGGAGCUCCUUAGCAGCAGUCUGCAGCUGAUGGACAGACUUCAACACAACAUGGUGGAGGAGACGGAGCCUUUCCAGAGCAGUGAGGCCGUUCAGCCGCUGGCCUGAGCCUGGACAAAAAAAGGCACAAAAUUUGCAAUGACAAUAAAGGGUUCAUUCAUUCAGCUGGGCAGGAAGCUGAGAGUCAGCUGGGAGACAGAGAAGAAGAAGCAGGAGGACCAUGGGAAAGGCUCCUACUCUUACAGACACCACGAGUUCAGACAGGAGUUUGAUCUGCCUGAAGGGCUGAAGCCUGAAGACGUCACCUGCUACCUGGAUCCAGACGGGAAGCUCCACAUCCAGGCAGCCAGAGCUCCAUGUGAGGAGGAGGAGGAGGAGGAGGAGGAGGAGGAGGAGGAGAGAGAGCUGACGAUCAAGAGGAGCUCAGAGGAGAAAACACAGCAGAGUGUGUGUUCAAUGUUUUGA